CUUAAAUUAUUAAAGCAUAUUACAGUUUAACGUUCAAGUUAAAGUAUAUCUAUUUUACAACUUUUGUUUUAAUACAAAAAAAAAUCUAUUCAAAAUGUUCAAAUUGAUUGUUAUCCCAAUGCUCUUCGCCGCCGUCAGCGCCGGUUAUUUGGGUGGUGGAUACUUAGCCGCACCAGCAUACUCAGCACCAUUAGCUGUUGCCCAUGCUCCAUUAGCAGUUGCUGCCCCAGCUGUGGUCAAAACUGCCGUACCAGUAGCCACAUCUUAUGCCAACACCUACAAAGUAUCAUCACCAAUUGCCGUUGCUGCUCCAGCUAUUGCUAAAGUUGCUUAUGCUGCACCAGCCUACGCUGCACCAGCCUACGCUGCACCAGCAUACGCCGCACACGCUUACGCUGCACCAGCAUACGCUGCCCCAGCCUACGGUUAUGGCGCUGGUUACUUACACGCAAAAUUAAGUCAUCAGUCUCUUGUGCAUUUUUGCAAAGAAUACAUUAGUUUUUGUUACAACACAGACCUAAACGAAACACAAUUCAAAAUGUUCAAAUUGGUGGUGUUGUCUGCUCUUUUCGCCGUCUCAAUGGCUGCUCCAUCUGGAUUACACGCCGUAGCACCAGUAGCUUACAGUGUUGCUGCCCCAGCCGUAGCUGUACCAACCGCUGUCAGUCAUCAAUCACGAGUUGAUGUACACAGCAGUCCAGUUGUUGCUACCACAUACACCGCUCAAGCUCCAGUCGCCGUAGCUGCUGCUCCAGUAGCUGUUGAUGCCCCAGCUGUAGUAGAAGCCCGUUAUGCCGCCCCAGCUGUAGCUGUACCAACUGCUGUCAGUCACCAAUCACGAGUUGAUGUCCACAGCAAACCAGUUGUUGCUACCACAUACUCCGCUCAUGUUCCAGCUGUAGCCACAUAUGCCGCUCAUGUUCCAGCUGCCUAUGCCUCAUACGCUACUCAUGUUCCAGCUGUAGCCUCAUACGCUGCUCAUGUACCAGCUGCAUAUGCCUCAGUAUGGUAAUUGAUGGUUAUUGAGAAUAGUGAAUCUAGCAAAACUUAAUAAUUCUUGACUGAUGUUUAAAAUUUUAUUUUGUAUUUAUUUUCAAAAUUCCAUGUUACAUUAAUUGAAGAAAUAAAUUUUGACAUUUUCAUAAAUUAUAGCGUUUUAUUACAUAAUGUUUAAUUUCAUUAGUAAUCGAAUCCAGACACCAUACUUUUAAGUAGCUCAGCGAAAAAGUAUAUUUUUUUAAAGUUA